AAGAACAAGUGGAGGUAUUAAAAACAAAUUUACCACAGAGGCCCGUUAAAAAGAUGGCAGCGCUUCUUAAAAUAAAUGAGGGAUUCAUUUUGAAAAUGUGCAAUUGUAGUGGUAACCAAUUUGAAACCGAUAAAAACUGGAAUUCUGUAUUGAACGUAUGCUAUAUUCACCGCAGGCAUUAAAUAGCAAAAGCAGAGCGCGCUGCUUUAUUUCUUUCGUACAUUCUUUAAGCCGUAUUGUGCUUGUCUCGGCUCAUAACUGGUGAUUUGCUGGUAAGCGAGCCUUGCCUCUGCUAGUGGUCGGAGAGCAGGUGCUCUGGCAGUCUGAGGAGAUGAGACGAGAUGCCUCCCCUCCUGCAGGAUGGAGCCGCCUGCCUGACUGACUGAUCGCGCCGCCGGAGCGAUGAUUUUUAGUCACUUUCAGCAAUGACAGCGGACGGAGUAGCGGAACCCGCCAGGCAUCAGCAAACGCAGCCAUCGGGCCAAGAAGUCAGGAAAGAUAGCUGGUUUUAAAACAAAAGGCAGCCGAAGUAGGGGGUGAUAGUGUGCGCCAGUUAUCGAGAGCGGCGGCGCCCUGAAACGCGAUGGAUUUUCUUCAAGACUGCGAUGACUGAGGUUGCUGCUGCAUGGUGCCGCAUUGCCUGGCCGCUCCACGGCAGAAGAGUGUAAUGCUUCUUUUGGCGAAUCCAGUCUAUAGGUCUUCAGGGGGGGGGGGGGGCUUGGAACUGUGCAUGUAAAGGGAUGAUAAAGCCUGUGUGAUUGCGUUGCAGCUAGGCUACAAUCGGCCGAGUGGAUUUUAAUAUAAAACCGAUAAACAAAGGUUUUUCGUAGAAAAUAAAUCUGCGCUCUGCACAUCACACGCCCUUUUACUACAGCCAGUCCAGUGGACGCUGACUCGGAAAGGAUUUUUUUAAGAAGUCUAGCUUGUGGAGGACCACUGUCCAGAAACGAGCAUCGCUCAGACUUGGGAGCUACCGAAUGCUCAACAAACCUGAAGGCACCUGAUCUGCUCGUCUGCUUGGAUUUUAUUCAAGGUUGCUGGACAAGGUGUUCUCUCGGUGACAUAGACAAUGACUCACUUGCAAGCAGGUUUGUCCCCCGAAACCCUGGAGAAAGCCAAGGUGGAGCUGAAGGAGAACCCCGAUACUUUACAUCAGGACAUCCAGGAGGUGAGGGACAUGAUCAUCACCCGUCCGGACAUUGGCUUUCUGAGGACAGACGACGCUUUUAUCCUGCGAUUCCUCCGAGCGAGGAAGUUUAACCAUUUCGAGGCAUUUAGGUUGCUAGCUCAGUACUUCGAGUACCGACAACAAAACCUGGAUAUGUUUAAAAACCUCAAAGCCACCGACCCGGGCAUCAAGCAGGCGCUGAAAGACGGCUUCCCAGGGGUGCUCUCUAACCUGGACCACUACGGCAGGAGGAUCCUUGUGCUCUUUGCUGCCAACUGGGACCAAAGCAGGUAUACUUUUGUAGAUAUAUUGCGGGCAAUCCUUUUAUCUCUGGAGGCAAUGAUUGAAGACCCUGAGCUGCAAGUGAAUGGAUUUGUAUUGAUCAUUGACUGGAGCAAUUUUACUUUUAAGCAAGCCUCUAAACUAACACCAAGCAUGCUGCGUCUUGCCAUAGAAGGUCUACAGGAUAGUUUUCCUGCCCGGUUUGGAGGAAUUCAUUUUGUGAAUCAGCCGUGGUACAUUCAUGCUCUCUACACGGUCAUAAGGCCAUUUUUAAAGGAGAAGACUAGAAAAAGGAUAUUUAUGCAUGGCAACAAUCUUAACAGCUUACACCAGCUCAUUCACCCAGAGAUCCUACCUUCGGAAUUUGGAGGGAUGUUACCACCAUAUGAUAUGGGCACAUGGGCAAGAACUCUGCUUGAUCACGAAUAUGAUGAUGACAGUGAAUACAACUCUGACUCUUACAAUCUUUCAGUAAAAGAGCUGGAAAAAGAUCUGUCUCCAAAAACCAUGAAAAGGUCACAAUCUGUUGUUGAGCCUGGAGUAUUAAAACGUACAGAGAAGGAAACAAGUGAGGAGGAAAACAUGCAACCCUUGCUUUCACUUGACUGAAUGCUUCGAAUUGGACACUUAUGUUAUCAGGCCCUUCGGAAGUGAAGUGCACCUUAUGUACUGCACAAGAGUGAACAUCACAGUGGGGAAGAGGAAUUAUAAAAGUUAAUGGACAUGCUCCCAUUCUGUGAAAGGAGGUUUACAAAUGUGCAUUACGCAGAAACUGCGGACCCCUUGUUGGUUGGUGUGAGAAAUGUAAGGAACAAGUAGUAUGUUAAGUGCCAAUAUCUCAAACUAUAAAACCUUUAGCUCUGCAUUUCAGAUCUGUGAAGUAUUACAGCAGAGCCAUGUGUAACCAAAUGAGUCUGAACCAUGUACAAUAUUGUUCAAGAAUUAAAACAUAAACAAAUAUACUUCUGAUUAAAGAAAAAUGUAUUUAAACAAUUACAAGAGCGAUAUUGUCACUUGGCUGUAUAAUUCUGUGCACAGCUCAUGGUAUCUCCAAAUUAUUUUAGUAAAACGAUUAAACCAAUGGAGGAUUAGACAGUGUGUAUUAACGAACAAAGUGGAUUUUGUAUUCUGGCCUAUUGAGCAUUGAAUAUAUUAGUCACCAUUGAUUCAACUAGCAUAAUAAUCACAAAUCUAUUUCAAGUGCUAUAUUUACUUUUCUAAAUAUCUCAAUAUAUCUCAUUGGAGUACAAUAUUGUUACCCAAAUAUUGAUGGACACUUUCUUUUUACAUUUAAAGCCAUAUCAUUUAUAAUGAAUGAUCAACAAUGAUGAGACAAUGCUGACCACAGUCCCCAUUGAUCCUUCAAAAAGCAAAGUAAAGUUUUAUUAAACACCAAAUACUCACCUGAAGUAACACUUUUUGGACAUUUUUUAGAAUGUGAUUCUGAGUUGCUUUGCAUCUUUUAAGUAAAAGUGAAAUAAAUACAUCAUCUUUAUUGAAGUGUCUGGUUAAGAAUGGUUCCACUUGAAAAUUUUUCCCUCAAGAAAGUAAAAACAGUUCAAGUAUUGUGAGGGGGGUAAACUGCAGUUAAGACAAAAACUGCCUGUCAGAAUAUUUACUUGGCCUUUGUAUUUUUGUAUAUGAGGUUUCUUCAGAAAGUCUCUACAUUUAAUUUCUGAAACUUUGCAGAAUUGUAACCCUUAGUCUGGUAGUUGAGUGUCCUGCUGUUGUUCACAUUUUUGUGAGUGUGCAAGAUACCAAUGAGCUGUAAACAUACCUGAGGGUCUAGCAAUUUGCACUAAAAAAAAAAAAGAGUUUGCAGUUUUUAUUGGGGGAUAGUUCAGAGGAGCUGACUCUUUUAUGAACUCAGUGUAAGGACAGUGCACUAUUUCAAAGUGUAUCUGUAACAAGAUGGUGAUCAAUAUCUUCUUUUGUUGAGAAACAGCAACAAGAUAAGGCAAUGAGAGAAGAGUAGUGAUAGCAAAAUUGUAGCAGAUGUGGCGAGUUUAAGAAACUGUGCAUAAGUGGCUUCGUAUGUUAUGGCAUUUAGAAGCUUGAACACCACUGCAUAAGUGUGCUGAGGAACAAGGAGGUUUUAUUGAGGAGGUAUGAAUUUGAAAUGUCUGUAACAAACUGUAAUUAAAAACAUUUUUGAAUAAUAAUGUGCAGCAACAUUAAUAAUCCUCUUUUAUUUAUCUUAUUACCCUAAAAAAGAAAACUCAGUGAUAUAUAUAUAUAUAUAUAUAUAUAUAUACAGUAACAGUGGUGGCUUAGAAUUCUGACUGAUUUUUCUGCAAAUGAACACUUUUAGCAUGGUUAUCACGGCUGAUGAAACUUGGUGUCACCAAGCGUGACAUGUGUGCUUUUUUCAGGCCAAGAUGAACUCUGUGCUUUUCACUGCAUGAACAAACAGGCCCUAGCCUAAUAUUACUCGAUUAUGUUUACCUCUUUCUUUUAAGUUGCUUUGGAUAAAAGCGUCUGCCUAGCAAAUAAAAUGUAAAAUGUAAACGUUUUGUUUCUGGGUCGUAAAAGAAACACCAUAUUUCUUUCACCCAUAAUAUCCCUGCUAAAUAUGUGUUCUGUUGCAGACAAAUGCUGUGGCAACUUCAAGCUGCUGCUCUGUCAAGAUUUGAGGCACACAAACAACACUACACGGCCAUUCUGGGAAUUCUAUUGGCACACCUCGUGCAUAUAAAGUAUAUUGUAAAUAAGGAGUUAAACAACAUUAUAGAGGGUUGAGGCUUCUAGGUAAUCUGUGUAUGAGCUACAUUGUUUGUAUGAAAAUGUGCUAUAUAAAUAAAUGUUGUUGUUGUUAUAACUAAGAAAUCAAAGUUGUAGAAAAAAAAGUGCAAUAAGUGUGGAGUCACUUUGCUAGGACACGAGUCUCUUUGUGACUGAAUCCAAGAUGGCAGUGGGGCUUGUUUUCAGGAAGAUGAGGUAGAAGGAGGGCAAUUCAGGAGGCCAGAUGACAGAAGUGAUGUCUUUGGUGGUUUGUCCAUCAAUCAUCCAUUCUGGUUUGGAUUGUAAUUUCCAGGAGAUGAGCCCUAAAAUUAUCUCCCAUACGCACAUGUGUGACUGGCUUCUGAUGUAGGCUCUGACCUAUUUAUUAAAGUGCCACAGGACCAAGAGACACAGGACCAUGCUACAUAUGCUUUUUACUUUCUAGCAGCUGUGACUAUCGAUUCACUUAUUAGUCAAUCUCAAAAUGAUACCUCAGUUGACAAAAUCACUUCCCUUUCUCUUUUGCCACCAUGUCUAUGCUCGAAUCCCUUGGCAAAAAUUCCCCUCCUGGUAAUAACACCAUAGGGUCAACUUCCCGGAAACCUAAAACAGAUGGUAAAAUUCAAGAAUGGUUAUGUUAGAGCGACCUCUAAAAUAGCAAACAUUUCCUCAGUAUAAGAAAAUUUCAGUGAAAAGUGUUCAGGUGAGCAUGUACAGUGGCUUGGCGUUAUAUUCCAGAACGUCUUCUGCAAAUUAGGAUGAAUUUGCUUCUUGCAAUGCUUUAUUAGAUAAAGUGGAUUCAGAAAGUGGGUGGCUGGAUAUGCAGUGUAUAAAAUGUAUGUGUGUGUUUUGCUUCCAUUGUAUCUGCAUUAAUGGCAUAAUUUUACAUUGAAAUAUUUAACUGAUUAGUAAAUAUUCAGUGAAUUGACUUCAGUAUGAAGUUAUGAAAACGGAAAGUUAAGGAGCCAAGUUCAAGAUAGCUUACACUCUGUGGUUGUUUGAUUUUUUAUCACUUGUUCGACAACUUGUUUUUUCUUUUUGAAUUUUGAAUAUGAAAUGCUUAUACAGUAAUAUAAAUUAUGCAUACAGCACACGUACAGUACAGUGCUAGUGUCUGUUCGAUUGAUUAAAGAAGAUGGUAACAAAGAACACUCUUUAUGCUCUGUGUUGGAUAAAUAUCCUCAUCUUGCACCCUGGGCAAGCAGUUCUUAAAAUGAAUGGAUGGAUGAAUAUAUACAUACAGUAUGUAUGAGUGCAUAUUUGGUUUACAUAAAUGCUCAUAAGUGUCAGAAGUAUUCUAGACAUUGAAAUUUUAUAUAGAGCACAUCAAACCUAAAUAUUUUUUCUUUAUAAUCAAGGUCACUCUUUUAUUAGAAAGAACUUAAUAUUAACAUAUUGAAAACAGCAAAGCUAUGAGAUCUGUAAACAUCGUACAAUUGGUUUACUUUGCAUUGCAUAUGUCAUGCCAGUUAUUAAAAUAAACAUUACUGAAACCCA